AUGGUAGGCCGAAUCUCUACUUGGACUGCUAGAAAGUUGUCAUAUGCAGGAAGAGUACAAUUAGUACAAUCAGUAUUAUUUGGUAUCCAAGCCUACUGGGCUCAAAUAUUUGUCCUACCUACUAAAGUUAUGAAGAUUAUAGAAGCACAUUGUAGAAGCUAUGUCUGGUCCGGGGUAAAUACUAUCACCAAAAGAGCUCUAGUUGCCUGGGAUAAGGUAUGCACACCUAAAUAUGCGGGUGGCAUUAAUCUCACUAACUUGAAGAUCUGGAACAGAGCUGCUAUUGCUAAGAAUAGUUGGGAUGUGGCACAUAAGGAGGAUAAAUUGUGGAUAAGAUGGAUUCACACAUACUACAUAAAGGAGCAGAAUUUUGACACCAUGCCUAUACCUCAGCAAGCUUGCUGGAUGGUAAGGAAACUACUUGAGGCCAGAAGUGUGUGGCUUCAGCACCCCAUCAGUCAUACUUCAACGAAGCAAAGCUUAAUAAGGCAUAUCUAUUUGCAACUGCUUGGUAACCUGCCUAGAGCCCCUUGGAAGACAUUGAUGUUUAGGAAUAGGGCAAGGCCUAAAGCUAUAAUUACUAUGUGGCUAAUGCUACAAGAGAGGCUGCCAACAGUGGACAGACUUAUUGACUGGGGAAUUAAUGCUGAUCCUGUUUGUUCUCUAUGCAGCAGUACACAAGAAACUCGAGACCAUCUAUUUGCAGAUUGUGCACUAACAAAACAAUUGUGGAAUAAACUACUGAAGUUGAUGAAUAGACCAAGAUGCACAGCUCAAUCCUGGGACCAGAUGCUACACUGGGUAAUUGCUAAUGGCAGAGGGAAGUCUUCAGCAGCUCUGCUGUUUCGUUUGAUUUAUGCAUAA